UUCUAAAAUAUUUAUAAAAAAUAAGAAAAAAAUUUUUGCUAUAUAUUUUUUAAAAUAAAUUUUUCAGAAUAUUUUUAAGAUAAUAUUUAUAAUAAAUGUUUUGUGCCGAUUUUGUUGCGACAGAACUUUUAUGUUUCGAGAGACACUAAGAAAAACAUUUUUUAAUAACAUUUUGAAAACAAGGCUUAAAAAAUUUUUAUUCAAAAUUUAAGAGAGACAGAGAACACGAAUGUAUAUUUAUUUACGCAUUUUGUGAUAAUUUAAGUCCGUUUGCAAUAAUGUAAAUGAAUUAGAAAUUUAAUGUAACUUACUGUCAAUCUUUUUUUUUUCUAAGUUAUAAGAAUUAAAAAAGACAGUGAAUUUGAAAUCAAGGUUAAAAUUAUUCUACAUUGAUGCAAACAAAUAGUAUGUGAAUCAAAAGUACAUUUUUAUUUUCCAUCAUAAUUUUGUGAAGCAAAGGAGAUUUUCAAAUAAGGUUAAUUUUAAAUGAGAGAUAAUUUUAAGGAUAAUUUUAAAUGAGAGAUGUCUUUUUAGAUAAUUAAGAUCUGUAUGACAGAUUUAACGGUAGAUUUUGUUCUUGAUUGCUUGCCUGUUGUUAUUCCUGCUUUUGCAGCAAUAGGACAAUUUUUGACGCGUAUAGUAAUCAACGAUAAAGUAAGAGAAAGAUAUGUGGAUAGUAAUUAUUGUAUGCAUGCCAUCAAAAUGUUAUAUAUAAUAUUCAAAGAAUUGCACUUGUUUUACGUUGUAAUACACAAAUGAAAUAAGUAUUUAAUUUGCAGCAAAGGGAUUUAUUGGAUCAAAUUGAAAUCGACUGGAAAUGUGCGAGAUCUCAAGAUGAGAUUGACAUUAUGCAAAUAAAUGCUAAGUACACGAAUAAAGUAACGAAAAUUUUUUUAUGUAAGAGAAAUCUCGAUUUUAUUGUUGCAAAUAAACUGGCAAUAAUUACACUUUAUAAUUAGUUAUAGUUAUGUCUAUAAAGUAUUUAAACUUUUAUUAGGUGAAACUCGCCAAUACUGAUAUAGGUCUCCUAAAACUCUCUUUUAUUUUUUGGGAAAAUAAUUGUACUGUAACAUAUAUUGCAUUAAACAUUAUACUAAUAUUGUAAUCUUAAGUUUAAUUAACUUUACGUUUUUCAGUUUUUAUAUUCUUAGGUUUAACUUUGUACAUGCUCACUACAUUCAUCCCCCAAUUUCUCGAUAUAUUUAUGCCGCUGAACGAAUCUCGUCCAUGGAAGCAUCCGUACCAUGCCGAAUUUUUUCUCAAUGACGAAACACAUUUUUACCUUAUCAGAUUUAUAAUGUAUUUUAAUAGCUUGUUCACAUCGGAAAUGAUUAUUGCCAACAAUACUAUGUUCGUCAUUUUUACGCAGCACGCCAAUGGAAUGUUUACUAUACUGGGAUAUCGUGUGGAGCAGUUAUUUAAUGACAAACAAGAAUUGUCCAAGAGCCGAUUUAACUGCGAAAAAGAUUAUAAAAACAUUGCUAUUUUUGUCGAAGAUCAUUGCAACACUUUACAGUUUGUGGACAUUAUUCAAUCAUGUUACGGUAUGAUCAUUUUUCUUGAAUUUUUUGGUUUAUUACUCGUGUUAGGCACCACAAUGGUACAAGUAAUUAAAUUCAACCUAUUAGGGAUGUCGGACCGACCAAUUAGAUCCGUAGUUUAUAUCGGUGUACAAAUAUUUUACAUGUUUAUGUAUAGCUAUAUGGGCCAACAAUUAAUUGACAAGAGUACACAACUGUCCAUGAAAAUAUAUUCUUCAAGAUGGCACAGUACAGUUGUAUGGAAACAAAAGAUGAUGAUAUUUAUUAUGUUAAAAUGUAUACGUACGAUUACCAUUAACGUGUACAAUAUUUUCAUUUUAAGAUUGGAGAAUUUUUCGGCGAUCUUGCAGUCGGCCAUGUCAUUUUGUAUGGUGCUGAGACGCAUGUAAAACACUGUAUUUAUGAACAAUUUGAGAAAUAAUGUUUGUGGGUAAUCGGAGUGUAUGAAAUUAUCGUGGAAUACGUUUUUGUGCGCCUCAGGUAUCGCUUCUGUAUUUCCAUUUUAUAAUCAAAUAAGCACACGUGAAAACAAUUGUCGACAUUAAAAGCCAAUCUUUUCCCUUAUAUACGUAUAAUUUUAUUUUCGUUAUUGCAAAGACCGCCAGAAAAUGUUUCCCCUUACAUAUUUAUUUCUGAUAAUUACAAUAGAUCGUAACAUUAUUGCGCGGUUUUCUUAGGACACAAGAUUUGUCACGUAAGUAUAUUACAUUUUAAAAUAUUUAAAUAAAUGCGUAGUUCAAUAUGUGUCAUAAAUGCUCAAAAACCAGUGUUAAGACUGCCGCGAAAUUGAAAAAAAAGAAAUACUAACUACAUGUAACAUAUUGAAUUUUUAAUACAUUAAUAUGUGUUUUUAUAUCUUUUAAGAUUUAUAUUAGAUGCAUUAAACUAUUUCAUUGAAGAAAACGAAAUGUAAUAAGACAAGACAGAAGUUUUUAAAAUUUUUGCGAGAUAAAAGAUUUUCUUGUUAAACGAGACAAUAAAAAUCGAAACACGAUUAUUAUUUUAUGCUUACUCUACAUAAUAAGGCUCACAACAGAUAGAAUUAUUAAUUUGUACUUUGUAGUUACUUCGCACGGUGAUAUCAUUCUAUUCAUAAAAAAGUUUUUGACACAUUUCCAAAUGUAAGCUUUGUUUUUGAUAAAUCUCUUCUUUGUCUGUCAUUUUUCGGAAUAUCAAAAGAUACAAAUCAUAUUUAUCUCGUGCAAGAAAAGAUAGAAUAGGAUAUAGUGGUUUCAUUUGAUUUAUAGUAUCACAUCUCAAAACCCUCAUCUUCAUGUUUAGUUUCAAGUCAGUUAGACAUAGAAUACGCGUUAAUAGUCAGUGUUCUAUAAGUCUCUAAAUGGAGUUUCCAAAAGAGCAUUUUUGGCAUGUAUUAUUUUACUUCUUUCAUAAGAAAAAAA